GUUCAUCCUCAAUUGCUAGCUAGCAAUAAUAUUAAAUCCAAAAGCAAACCAAAUAUAGAAGAGAGAGGCAGGCAGGCGUACAGUAUAUAAAGCCAAGUCUCCUUUAUACAUAAUAUGAGCUUAACCUUGUGGUUCUCUAGUGGAUGUUGCCUUCAACAGUGUUCGUUUCAUUCACGGCUCGUCCUGUGGCCAUUCAAUGGCGUGCAGGCGAGGACAAGGUAGGCUGGAUUGAUCCCUCUUGGGUUGGCUCCAUGCAUGCCUGCCAGUGCCCACCCUUCUGAAUUUGAUCUGUGAAUGCUGCCCUCCUCCGAGAUGAGGCCUUGAUUCAUCAGAAAAGCUUGACCAUGUGAGCAUUGAUUCCUUUUGCACCAACAGACACCUCGCAUUUGUGAGAAAUUCUUAACUAUAAGGGACAUGCCCUCCAUGUUAUUUAUAUAUUUAUAUUUUAAAUUUGAAAUAUAUAUAUAUAAUAAGUACGUCUAGUUCUUCAUACAUUUAAUAGAAAGUCAGAAAAUAUCUUUCUAUCAAAAAUUGUUUCAUUUUUAAUAUUUUAAAGUUUUUAAAAUUGAAAAUAAAGCCACUUGCUGCAAUUAAAUAAAUUAUUUUUCAUCUUUCUAGUAAAAAAUUGAAAAAUAAAAUGUAAAAAUAUUUUAUUUUGACAAUUAACCCGGCCCAUAACUAUCCAGUUUGAGUAUUUCAUCGAUCGUUGUGUAUGUUUUAUAUUUAUCUAAUUAUUAAAUUUCAAUUUUUAAUGAAAAAAAUCCAUAAAAUAUGUUUACAUAAUUUUUUAAAAAAAAUUAAAAAAGUUCGAGUCAGUUAUAUAUUUUGUUACUUGUUUUUAUUAGUUUAAUCAGAUUUUGACCAAUUUUAAUAUUUUGUAAAAACUACAAAUUUAUUAAAUAUACGAUAGAUUGAACUUUGGCUCAGUUAUAAGUUGGGUCUAGUAGCUGUCCCACUCCGAAAACAAAACCAUGCAUUGCUUUAUUAAUUAUUUGCACCAAUCGGCACAUCUGUUGACAACAACUUUGUCUUGCUUUAUUAAUUUAGGUAGGCCCAAUACGAAACUAUAUGUCUAACCCAUUUAGUAAAUGGAUUGGAUCUAAAUUGAUCCGUUUGUAAACGGAUCAACUAGUAUUAAAUCCAAACUCAAUUUAAAUAGGCGAAUGGUGAGAGCGCCUUGAAUCUCAUAAAAAAAAAAAAUUACUACCCUAGCCCCUAUCUACUCUUCUCUUAGGAAUUCUGUUCUCUUUUCCUACUUGAAACCCAUAGGCACUUGGAUCCUUAACAUGCAGAGCUAGUGCAUGAUAUAUACCAUCUCAUGUUCCACUUCCUCAUUUCAAACAUCCAUUUGUAGCUUAAUUAAUUAGCUAGAAAGCAAUAUUCAUUAAUGGCUUCUCCUUCUCCUCCCUCCCCUCAUCACGCUGUUUUGUUUCCUUUCAUGUCCAAAGGCCACACCAUCCCACUCCUCCAACUCGCCCGCCUCCUCCUCCACCGCUGCAUCACCGUCACCGUUAUCACCACUCCCGCCAACCGCCCCUUCAUUUCCCACUCUCUCUCCGACACCAAAGCCUCCAUCAUCGACAUACCCUUCCCGGAAAACGUCCCUGACUUACCCGCCGGCGUCGAGAGCACCGAAAAGCUCCCCUCCAUCUCCCUCUUCGUCCCCCUUGCCAUCGCCACCAAACUCAUGCAACCCCACUUCGAAAAAACAAUGCAGUCCCUCCCGCCAGUCAGCUUCCUCAUCUCCGACAGUUUCCUUGGAUGGACCGUAGAGUCGGCAUCCAAGUUCGGCAUCCCCCGGCUGGUGUUCUACUGCAUGAGCGCCUAUGUCAUGGCUGUGGUCAGCGACGUCUGCGUCCACCGCCUCCUCCAACAACCCAUCCCCGACGACGUGCCAUUUGUCGUGCCCACCUUUCCUUGGAUCAAGCUCACCCGAAACGACUUCGAACCGCCGUUUCGAGACAUCGAACCUAGCGGUCCUCACUUUGACUUCCUCGUGGAGGAAGUCGUCGCCACCACCAAAAGCCAAGGUAUCAUUGUCAAUAGCUUCUACGAGCUCGAAACCGCGUUUGUGGAUUACUGGAAUCGCGCGUGCAAACCGAAGGCGUGGUGCGUUGGACCGUUGUGUUUGGCGGCACCGCUGGCGCCGCCGCAAACAGCGGCGGAGAAGCCUGAUUACAUGAGGUGGCUCAACAGCGAGCUCGCCGAGCGAAAACCGGUUCUUUACGUGGCCUUUGGGUCGCAAGCUGAGAUCUCACAGGAGCAAUUCAAGGAGAUAGCAACUGGGUUGGAGGAAUCCAGGGUAAGCUUUUUGUGGGUGGUGAGGAAAAAAGAUUUUGAAAUGUUUGAAAUGGCGGACGCGGCGUUUGAGGAGAGAGUGAAGGAGAGGGGUAUGAUAGUGCGGAAGUGGGUUAAUCAGAGGGAGAUACUGGGGCAUGGAGGGGUGAAGGGGUUUCUGAGUCACUGUGGCUGGAACUCGGUGGUGGAGAGCAUGUGCGCAGGGGUGCCGGUUCUGGCGUGGCCGAUGAUGGCGGAGCAGCACCUAAACGCGAGGAUGGUGGUGGAGGAGAUAGGCGUAGGGGUGAGGGUGGAGCACUGCGGUGGGGGGUUGAGGGGUUUUGUGAAGGGGGAGGGGUUGGAGAGGAGCGUGAGGGAGCUGAUGGAAGGGGAGAAGGGGAAAGAGGUGAGGAAGAAGGCGAAGGAGAUUGCGGCUGCGGCGAGGAAGGCGAUGGAGGAGGGUGGAUCGUCCUGCCAAUUGUUAGACCAGCUCAUCCUUCACAUAUGCAAGUUGUCUACUGACACGAGCAAUGGUUGAUCAUGUUGGAUUUGGGUCUAGCUAGCUUCAUAGUUGGAUCGGUGC